UUAACUACGCAUUAUUGUACAUACUCUAGCCCUGUUUCACUCUCUCUACAUAUAUACAUCAUGUGUUUUAGAAAUCCAACAUUUUUCCCUCUUACUCUUGCCUGUGACUCUCUGUGUACUCUGUUUGCUACUGCUUGGUGUUCGUAAGAAUUACACAAUGAAAAGAAAAACUGAUGCUAUUCACCCACUUUGCAGCAAAAUUGAAGCAAAGAAGCAGAGGAAAAAAGGGAACCAACUAGCCCCUCAAGUACCGGAAGGCUGGAAAACAAUGGCUUCGACACCCAGAUUCUUACUAGCUGUUGCUUCUCUUCUUGAGAAAUCCAUCCAAAGGAACGAGAAAUUAUUUGCAUCAUCAUUUGCCUCAUCACAAAAGGAUAGCAUCACAGUGUUUGAUGGUUCAAAAGCACCCAACAUGAAUGUCAGACAGUAUAUGGAACGCAUUUUCAAGUAUGCAAGCUGCAGCACAUCUUGCUUUGUGGUUGCAUACAUUUACAUAGAAAGAUUCGUCCAAGGAACCGGAGUUCGUCUCACUUCUCUCAACAUUCAUCGGCUCCUCAUUACCAGCGUCUUGGUAGCUGCGAAGUUCAUGGACUACUUGUGCCAUAACAAUGCAUACUAUGCCAAAGUAGGAGGAGUGAGCACUGCAGAGAUGAACAAUUUGGAGAUGGAGUUCUUGUUUAAUCUAGAUUUUAAACUGCAUGUAACCACAGAGGUCUAUGGGAAAUACUGUCAACAACUUGAAAGGGUAGGCAGGGGUCUGUAGGUGAAAAUUGGCUGAAUGAAUAUCAGAUUACUCUCA